UGAAAUCUCAAUGUUGAGGUUUUGGAGAUCUUGUUAGGAAUUAGGGUUUCAUGGUGGUGAUGGAGGUGGUGGAUGCGUCGACGGCGAGGCCAGUCCGGCGGAGGAUGCCGGAGGAGGUCAGAUUGGGGAAGAAGGCGUUGCAUCAGAUGAUCGAGCAGUGCCAGAGAACCCUUGAAUUGCUCAGGGUUGCGGAUCGGGAUUUGGGGGCUGGGCUAACAGAUGAUGAUGAUGAUGAUGAUGAUGAUGGAGAGCAGAUGAUGGAGAAGGAGGAGAAGGAUGGGAAGGGGGUGGGAUCGUCUGAAAGUGAUUUUGAAACCGAGGAGUUAUAUGAUCUUAUCAAGUCUAAAGUGGAAUCACCUGACUUUCUUGAAAAGCUUGGGAGUAUCCAUGCAUCAGUUUUAGAAAAUAGUUAUGAUGAUAAUGCAUCUUGGGAUAUGGUCAGUACUGCAGAUCUGUGGGAAGAUACAUAUUUGAACAGCGAGAAUGAAUUGGAUCAAGAUAGUUUUGUGCUUGUUAGACAAGAGGACGUAGUGGAGGGCAUUGCUGGCUUUAUGGCUGCAUAUCUACUAUCACUGAAACAGACAAAAGAAUUGUCUCCCAACAAACUUCAAGAAGCUCUUAGCAAAACAUUCUCUGUAAAAAAGAGAAAGAGUAGACUUCUGAAGGCAUGGGAUGGAAGCAAAGUUAUUUAUAAUGUUGCUUCUUGGGGUGCAACUGCAGUUGGGAUAUAUCAAAAUCCAGCAAUAGUGAAGGCAGCAACUGCGGCCGUCUGGAGUUCUUUCGGUGUGAUAUCCAAGUUACUAUGAACGUAAACUAAUUAAACUCUUGCAUUACUAUGUGAUUGCAUUUACGAUCACAUACUGAGGAAAAAGUGUACAUAUUCCAUUCCUCAUAUCACUCGACAAGUAUCGGUCACUUGCUACUUCUCAGACAAGCACAGUUUUGAUGGCUUUUCGAUCUUUCACUCUUGUGCCAGACAUACCACACUGCUUGUUUACUCAAAAAUCAUAGUGCAUGUAUGGAAACCCUUGCUGUAUUUAUUUAUCUAAACUUUAAACCAAGUGUGCAGUUGUAAAUAUAUUGUUCUUGUUCAGUGAGGAAAGCUGUCUCCAUGGACACUCUGAACUAACAAACUUGUUAUAAUGGUUUUUGUGGCCUUUAAUCUUAAGCAUAUUCUUGGUUGUUUGUAUA